AUGGAUUUUAUUUGUGCAGAAACAAAUUACAGAUCAAAUGAAGAAAUCGGUCAACCGCUGAGCUUUCUAGACAGGCAUCAAGACAUCGGUACCGAGAAAGCUAACACAGAACAAAAGACACGGUUAUCGAAACCACCAACAGCCAAGAUGCAAUACACAGAUCAUUCAACGCAUUCCAUUAGGAAUAUGCAAAGAAGGGUCGCCAUACUUUGCGAUUUGGCGCAGUAUCAAUACACAAGGCGGCACGUGACCCGUGACGCGAUAUUCCCACAAUUCCUCAAAACAACACAACAUGGCUGUCGAAAGCAAUGGCACUAGAAGGUAAAACUUGAUUUGUUUCUGCUAAAACUAAACAUAUAAUUAAAUCUAGAGCUACUGUAGAUAUUUUCGUUUCCCACCAACAACGUAGUCUAACGAAAGAAGCGAUAUGGAGGAAAUUUAAAGUACAAUUCAACUACCACAAACACACUACUAUCCACUGCUAGCACCUAAAUGUGACGAUCAAUGGAACCCAAAACAUCAGCCAUCCCCGAUAGCUUCCUCUCAAGAAGAAAAAAGAACAAUGAACUGAACAUAAUAAACUUUGGGAGCCAAGCAAGGAAUUGCAUAGCGAUAGCCCGUUUUAGAUCUUUUAGAUCUUUAGACAGUCAAGCUGGAAUGUUAUUUUUUUUCAGAACCAUGUCACUGGAAGAGGAACUCAUGACAAGAAGAGUACACGUGAGUACUGGUAUUUAUUGCACUUCGAGUUUGUGCUUUCAUCUUAUAUUCGUAACACUCGCAUCUCACAAAAGACUGUAAUAUCAAAGAGUUUCUCGUAAGAGACAUGACCUUAGUGCAGUUCACUUGGAAUUAUCCCAAAUAAACCCUCGACCAUCUAUAAACCAGUGCAAAAUUGAACCAGCUGCAAGGAAUGUAUUUCUUUUUACUUCCUUGUAGAAUGAAGCAAGUUUAAUUAGGCAGGCCAUCCUUCCAAAUUCACAAGCCAGGUAAGUGAAAAUGGCACCUUCAAAGAAAUCAUACGAUGGAGUGAAAUGGGGUUGGCAAAGGAUUUUUUUUUUAGGCUCACAAAUAUGAAUCAAGAAAAUGUUGAUCCGUGUCUUUGUUUUGACAUCCAUACAGUAAUGUAAUUUUUUUUUUAGAAUCAUAUCACUGGAAGAGGAGCUAAUGAAAAUUUCAGUACAUGUGAGUACUGGCAGUUAUGGAGCUUUGAGUUCGCAUUUUCUUUUUUUUUAUACGUAACACCUUACCUCGCAUAAAGCUGUCAUAGAUGACACGACCUUGCUGCAUUUUCAACUUGGCAUAACCUCAAAUUAACUCCAGACCAUCUAACCAAGGCAAAAUUGAACCAGCCGUAAGGAAUGUGUUUUUCUUUUUUCUUCCUUGUAGAAUGAAGCUUGUUUAAUUAGACAGGCCAAUCGUCAACAUUCACAAGUAAGGCAAGUGCAAAAUGGUACCUACAUGUAUAGUGAAAUCUAGUCAUCAUUGCACUGUUACAUUAUAGGAUGACCUGUAAUGGGGAUGGCGUAGGUUUCUUGGUUUGUUCAAGAUGAUGGAAAAUGGGUCACACUCCUUAAUCAAGCAUAUGUUGCCACUUCACGUUGAUAACAUUCAAUGAAACGGGCCCCAACUUCAUUCCAAUUCUUUCCAGAAGUGUGGUAGCACCAUGUACCAUGCACACAAAUGCAUGGUGUUACUUUUUGAGUAUGCCAUCAAAAGUAGAAUCUUCUUGUACAAUGCUAUAUUUGCCAUUACACAAUAUCAAUGGAAUCAAAGACAUCAGCCAUUUACAAUAGCUGCAUUUCUGGGACCAAAAAGAACAAUGAACUCAUUACAAUGAACCUUGAAAGCCCUGCAAGCAAUUUUAUAGCUAUACCCCCAUUCAGAAGCACAUCUUUCUUUUCAUAUAUUUUCAUUCAUACACGUCGAAACGUUUAUUUGUUCUUCAGAUGCACGUCUCUGGAAGACCAGCUCAUGACAAAUACAACAUAUGUGAGUACUGGCAUUUAUUGUGCCUUGAUUUAUUCUUUUCUUUUAUUCUUUCAACAAAACACCUCAUUUCACAUAAGACUGUGAGAGUUAUAAAAGCGGUUUCUCAUCAGUGACAUGACCUUAGUACAUUUUACUUGGAAUAACCUCAAGUUAACUUUCGACUAUCUAACCACUACAAAAUUGACCCAUCUGUAAGGAACGUGUAUUUUUCACUUCCUUGUAGAAUGAAGCAUGUUUGAUUAGACAAGCCAACCGUCAAAAUUCACAAGCUGGGUAAGUAAAUGUCACCUACAGAGAAGGGCAGUCAUCACCACAGUGUUACAUUGUACAAUGAGGUGUAAUAGAUUUGGGUUUGUUUACUUGAUGAGGGGAUAGGUCACAGCUUUUAUUAAAUUGUUUCACCACUUUAAUAACAUUAACUGAAACCAUCACCUAUUUGUUUCACUGCACAAUUUCUAGUUGUUUGGGGACAUAUCAAGAGUACAUUUUAUCUCGUUUUGACACUGCCUUAGAGGUAUUCCCGAAAGAUUGCUUAUGUUGAGUACUAAUGCAACACCAAAAGUGUCAUUAAGAACUGUGGCUUGUAAGGAAGACGUCAGUAAAGUUAUCAAGCACGGAAGGUUAUCAAUUCGAUACACAGCCACUGUGUUUAAUCCAAUUGUUUUCUUUGACAUUCUGUGGUAGUAAAACAGCAUGUGUAAGUGUAAAUUGCCAUUUUUUUUUUUCACUCGGACAUUUUUAAUCAUCAUCACCAUCAUCAUCAUUAUCAUUUUACAUUUCCCUGUGUUCCAGGAACUCCCCAGUGCAGUGUGAUGUGCUCAUUAUAAGAACAAAUGAUGUAAGUUUUAGUCCAUUUAACGUGGCAUGGCUUAAGUUACCAUUUCAUUUUGCAUCUGAGUACAGCUUAAGGUAACUACUUUCACAUUCAUUCUCCACUUUUUAACAUUACAGAGUUGAUAUGGCCAUAAAGAGUGCCUUUUCUAUCUUGAUUUCAGCACGAAGCAUACUACAUCAGACGACAUUUGCUUCGAAACAACCAAACAAGGUAUGUAAAAGAUUCGUUUGGAAGAAAAGGGUGACAUUACCAAUUGACUCAUAACACAGUUUACAAAUGUGUGUUGUGGUUACUGUAUUUCGUUCUCCAAAGUCCUCAUUUGGAUUAAGUGGCAGCCAACAAAAUCAUCCAUAUAUUUUUCCUUACUCCACUUUCCCCUUCACAAUAUUUAUCUCUUUGGAUUUCAAAGAGCACUUCUUGCUUAUGACCAUGGUUUGGUUUAUUUCCCUAUGUCACCAACAGUUUGAGAUUAACAAGCCAUUCAGUUGAGGUCAGCAGUGUUCCUUAACUGAUCACAACUGCAAUAAGACGUUAACCUCUUCAAAUGAAUCGUUUUUAGGAUGAUGCGUCAGGACGAAGAGACAAUGAUAGAUACAAUGUCUGUAAGUUUACGUAAAAUGUGGCUAAAUGAAAUUUAGGCAAAUUUAAAAUAGAAACAAUGCUGGCCAGCGGUUUCUUAGUUGCCUGGCUUGGGGUGGCCCCAGACAUUCAGCAGGGGCACCUCGUAAUUCAAUUAAAUGCGGUUUGCUUGCUUGUCGUUCCCUUCCUCAAAUUUUUCUGCCCGCUCCAACUCCCGAUAGUUCCUCUCGAUUAUACUGGUGGUAAGUAUUCCACCUAGUGAUUCAGUGUGACGGUGCCUGGUGGUGGCCGCUGGUAGGAUUGCCAUUGACACCUCCUUUUCUUGUUACAGCUUUGCCUGGUUCCGGCUGCACCAAUCCUUAAGGCACCAGCUCCCAAGCUCAUCUGUGGUGAUGAGUUUAAUGGUCUGAUAGUAGUGUUAUAUUACUUUAACGCGCAAAUCCAUUAUCUGUAACACUUUAAGGUGUUCGACUUCAGCGAGUGCCCAUCCCUCCACAUCUGAUCAGCUUUAUAUCUCAUAACCACGAAGGGUUUACACAGUUCUAAAGAAAUAGUAUCCUUUUCUUUUUUUUUUCUUGUCAGAAUGAAGCACACCUGAUACGGCAUCUUUUUUUACAAGCUGCACGGGCAAGGUAAACAAAAAUCCCCUCGCUCACAUAAUCAUGCACAUUUUUUUCCAAAACCAAACCAUGACCCAUAGAAAGGUAUGUUAUUAACAACGCUAAGCUACAGUAGCUGCUACAGUAGAAUAUGGCCCGACAGAGUUAAGAGGCAGUACAUUCCAGACUAUUCCUGGUAGGCCUUUGUUUUGAUAAGAUCAAGAAGGAAAGGUACGUUGGGGUGGUUGUUGAGGAGGUCUUUGCUUUCAGCACUCGACACGAAAUAAAGACAAUUUUUUAACUUCGAGGUGCUCUUGGAGUAAAGGGGUCCUCCAUAUAGUCAAAAGAUAGAAUAAGACCACAAUGAACUCGGUGAUCAAAAAGUUGGAUAAUGUACCUUGCCCAGGAGAUCACAUGGGUAGGGUGGGUUUAGGUAGCUACAACAGUAGCCUUAUGUUCUUUAUGGCACUGUAAUCAAAGAACAAAAUCACAUUUGAUAAUUUCAUGACCAUGGAACAGCAAGCAAUAGCUCUAAUAAAUCACAUUACUAGUGCCAUAAUUAAUAUCACUCAGGAUGGAUCUGUUUAGAAUUAACUUCUCAGUAAAGGGCUUCAUUUUCUUCUUUUUUUGGUUGUAUGGUUCUAAAAUCAUCCAUUUAAGAAUUUCCUUUUUCGGUUACUUAGAACUAAACAGGGCAAGGUGUGGCAUCCAAGGUUUAAAAAAAAUAGAUAAUCCAUAUUGAACCUUAUGAAAACGUCGUCAUCAUUUAAGAAGUCACAGCCUCAGUCAAAGGAUAAAACUGCUUAGUGUUUCCAAGCUAGAUUAUCCUUCAAGCGAAAAUUGACCAAUGUUGUGUCUUUUCCAGGAACAUCCAACACGAGGACGUUGUAGUAAGGACUAUCACUGUAAGUACCGAGUGUGGUUAAUUACUUCGCUUAUAGAGCAUGAGCCUUUGGCUUCCAACCUAAUGCAACCCAAACAUGUUACGAUAAACAAAAUACCCAGUUGGCAGGAAGCAGACCAGUUACAUGUAGCUUUAAAUUCAUAAGGAAACAAAUCUAACUAGGGCUCAGACUGGGACACGAAUGGUCCAAAGUGCUUGAUAACUAGCCAGGCUGAUUCCACCACAGAGUGAUAACAUAAUAAUUGCCAUUUGCAGUGUCCCUUAUAGUCAAAAUCUGAGAACUUUAUCAACCAUACUACAGCCUAUACCUCAGUUUCCCCUUGUAAAUUCGACAUCUAAUAAUUCUGCUUUGAUUGUAGGCUGAGGCAAAUGCCAUAAGACAAUGGCUGUUGAGAAAGUAGAAGAAAAGGUAGGCACAGAUGCUUUUCCAUGUGACUAAAUCCUAUCUAGGCGGAGUCAAUUUUUGCCAGCAGUUUCAGCAGGGGUUGGCUCCUAUGAUCUGGGGACAAAGACUUUGCAGGUUUCUCAUUUCUCACAUUCACUGUGUCCUUGCGUAGAUUUCUCCUGCCCCCUUACAGUCAAGAGCAUGUUAAUCACGACACCACCGAAUUCCUAUCAUUCAUUUAAAAGGUGCAAGUGACGUUUACAGGAAUGACGGGUUAUCUCGAGCUUAGACCUAACUCCAUCAUUUCUCAGGACACUUCUCCUAGUCUCAUCUAUUAUUGAUGCAAUUAAUUGAGAGUAAUAAUAAUAAUAAUAAUAAUAUAAUAACAAUAAUAUAAUAGUAAUUAAAUAAUCGUUAUUAAUCGAUCACUGUUUAUCAGAAGAAGAUGCUUGACCACAAUUAUAAUAAACACUAUAACUUUCUCCUCCAACUUAUACUUACUGUCAUAGGUUAACUUUCUUGUGCGAUGUGAGGCAACAAUUGUCUUUUUCACUACAGGGUGGGGGGCUCAAGGUUGUCGAGAACCUUUUGCUAGCCUGUGGCAGAUAUUGAAAGUUUUGUCUGGUUGUCUACUUGUUAGAUCCAUAUUAACAACUGGCCUUGUAAUGUCCAACAAUGCCAAUAACAGUGUGACUGCACUCCAUUCAUUCCCAAACUAGAAAGCUCAUGUCCCAAACAACUCGUCCAUCACAAGGCAAAAACAUUGAUUGAUCCUCACGAAAAUGCACACUAAAAUCGGCAAUCUGUUGACAUCUUCUUGCUCUUUAUACAGUUUAUCGUACUUUGUUAUUGGGAUAGGCGAAGCAGGACUGCAAAUAAAAUAUCUCGUUAGUACUGCCAUAUGCAUACACCCUCAAACUUAACGGGCAAUCAUAUCCAAAAGGGUUUAACACCUUUUCGUCCACGAAUGAUGAGAAUAGUACUAUGGUUUACAAAAUUUAGUUACUAUUAUUAUUACUCUGAGAAAAUUUCUGGCACUGAAUUUAAGAUAUAGCUAUGUACAUAGAAAUAUAAUUCUACCAGAUGUUUAUGUACAAUCAAAAUGCACCCUCGAAGGAUGGUCGUAUUUACAGAAAGCUUGCGAUCUUAUUAAUUUACCAUUACAUUCAUGUUAAAACAUUAAAUAUUUUUGUCUUAAUUAAUUAUCAAAUUCAUAGUUAACAAAACCAUGCGUUAGCGCUUUUUUAUAUAUUACUCUAAACUUUACUUUGGAGCACUUAAAAACCAAAGGAAACGACCAGCCGGUGAUUCUAAAAGUUGUCGCGGUCGCUUUCAGGUCUUCUCAGUACAGAGCUCAAGCCACCAUCCAAAUGAGGUUUUACGAUGCUAGUCGUAACUAGAGCUGGUCCCUUACAAGCGUGGUCUCAAAGAGAGCUUGCGACUGUAGUUGCUUUCCAUUUAUGCCUAACUAUUCCUGGUUACUGAUGUAAAAAUGUGUUUUAUCUUUCUCGGACAGACCGCAACGAGCCUUUUCUCAGAAGGUCAGGAGAAAUCAUACAGAAACAAGAGAACAAAUGGAGGGAUGUACUCUCAUCCCAACCAUUACUUAGUACCUAUCAUCAGUAAAGUACGUUCGGAAGACUGCAACUCAAUGUACACUUUUGCUAUUUAUAAAGAAGGAGACAUGGACCACAUGAGGCUUAUACAUGCUGAUAAAUAUUGUCGAAAGGAAAAAUAUCAGACUGAAAAGAGAGAGAGACAUAUUAAAGAAGAAGAAAAAAAAACGUCUGUUAAUUGGUUUGGUAAUUUUCAGAACUGGGUGACGAAAAUCUGCAGACCCUUGGUGAAAUUUUACCCCCAUGGGGGAUAAGGUUUCAAAUGCGAAUUCUGGAUUCUAGAGGGACAAAUGAGCAGAUAUAUACAGUCUGUCGUUUGCUGAUUACUUGCGUAGCAAUUGCUCGUGAAGGAGGGGAGGGCUGGGGGAAAGUAGAGUUCGUGUUGAAGAUAUACGUCUUAUUAGCCGAAGUUUCAGCCCGUACUGUAGAUUACGGACCCAGUUUUUGCCAUCAAUUUAUGGCCCGCGCGAGUAAUCGAUGGAAAAAAAAAACAAGGAUGCGUGAUUUACAGUACGGUCCGAAAAAAACUACGCUAAUAAGAUGUUUAUUAUAUGGCUUCCUGUUUGAGGAACCGGAAACAUGUACAGGACAAACAAUUUGACAGUAAUUUGACAGGCGACAGUAAUUGACAGUUUUAAAUAGCUGACGGAAACAAUAGUACAUUCCAAUGGCUUUCCAUUUGAACAUAAAAUUAAAUGCAAAUCAUGCCCCACGCUGUUUUCGGUCAAAACUAAGAGCACUGUAAGUAUUCGUUCGCAAAUGUGACACUAGGGUCUUUUGAAAACUGGACAUUUGUAUCUGGCUCGAAAUCGCUUCCAUCUUUCUUUCGUUGGUGUUUUCAAAAAAAAUACUGCCAAUGGCAAAUGUAGAAGCUUGUCAAGAUGAUCAGGUGCAGGUAUGUUUGUUAUCAUAUUGGUCGAAGGAAUUGCUCGUUUUCUCUUAGGCAAAACGUCUCGAAUCUCUGCCAGUCGAUUUUGGUUUCCUUAACUGUGUACUGCUAUAAAAUUUUCAAACACUGACUAGAAUCUUCUUCUACGAUAAGAUUACGAUUCAGUUUCUUCACUGCCCUCGUUUACAAACAGGUAAACACAGGUUAAAAUGUUGAAGUAAGGAGUCAACAUCCAAGUCCUCAAGGUUGACAGACGUCUUAUAACUUUCUUGAAACCUUGUUUUUUGAAAUAAAGAGAUUUAGAGCUGCGUUUUGGUCCCUAUAGCAAGUUACGGACUGCAAACUGACCAUUGGCACAAUUGGUACAUUGUUGAAGUCAAACGUAGCCGACUCUAUGCAAUGUUACACCAUUUAUGUAUUAAGUUUGUUCAUAGUCAUUUACAUGUCAUAGUUGUGUACGUGUAUACAUGGCAAAACAAGACUUAGCCAUAUAUGUAGGUAAAAGGGCCUUCCAAUGCUCCGCCCAUUAAGUUUCUCGAACUUCAAACACCUUUAGACAUAAAAAAUGCCAAAGGCUUCCACGAUCAAUGAUCACAAGAGUCGACGGAGUUUCUUGAUUUUCCUGAUCUUUUCUGUCUUGAAUUAAGGUAAUAUCGGAACCUAAAGCAUCAACCAGAAAUUAUAAUUCGACAGUACGGUUGUUCUAUGUAACUUUUCACCAGAAAAUGGAAACAAGCGUACCUUUGGCCAGUGGCCAAACGAACACAGGCUCAUAGGGAGACUGACAGAUUUGAUUGACAAGUCAGUCAUCCGUUUAAACUGAUGGAAAUGUAAAUGAACGCGUAGCUCUACACACACACCUAGUCAGCAACUCCGCCGCGUCCAUCGGCACCUACGCAUGUAGUUCGAAUAGCCUCUUGUCCAUUAUUUUCGAUUAUGCUCUUUUCGAAAAUAAGAGAUUUAAAGCUGCCUUUCGGUCCUUAUAGCAAGUUACGGACCGCAAAUUGACCAAUCGCAUGGCGAAAAAAGAGUUAGCCAUAUAAUAAUUUUCCCAAGUCACCCCGUGUAAGCAUUUCAGGGCUUAUCGUCAACAUGGAUUUUCAACUCUUGAUGGAAAGGGAAGGAAGGUGUAAGUGCAUGCAAUAUUAUCAUUAAUCACCUGAAACGACAUCAUCCCCUUGAGUUACCCUUACCCUCGAGUGUCGACCAAGGAUAGAAACUUUGGCCCAAAUUUUUUACUUAUAUAUCUCGGCAUUUCUGUCACCUGUUGUUACGAAACAAAGGCCAUUUGCAGAAUGAACUAGUUUUGACUUUUCUAGGUACAACGCCACUCUGACCUGACCAUUUUAAUCCAUGUAAGUGGCUCUAAGCAACCUACAUAUCCUUAUGCUCGAAGAUAGCUCAGUGUAGAAACGAGGAAACAAAGAACUUCAAACGCAUCAAAUAAGAGAUGAAUAAAGCCAUAUGAUGACCAUGAUACAAAGAGAUUGCUCUUGCCACAUGUUGCGAAUGUUUCCGUGAAAAUUACAGAGAUCUACAUUGAUCUUAGUUAACCAUGCUGAGGAUCAGAGCUUUCCUUAGUUCACAACAAGGAAACGCGAGAAAAGGAAACCGCAAGUGCAGCAAGUUCGCGGGAAAAUAUUUGCACAGGCUUAUUAACAAUAAAAAAGAAAUGUCAUCGAACGGUCCACAUGGUUCGUCAUGCAGAUCCAAAGCAAAUCAAAGCCACACAAAAGAAGGGAAGGGUCGAAAGCACUAAGUUCGACUUGACAGUUAAAACAAAGAAUUAGCUAAUGUUACUUCGAGCACUGAAUAAUUCAUUCAUUUUCUAAGAAACCUCUUGAUGAAUGAUUGACACAAAAGUACCGAUCUGAAGAUAAAGGGCUUCUUGAUUUCACGAGAGUAAUGAAAAAGAAAAAAGCGGUGGUAUAUAUCAUAUCAUUCCUUGACUUAUGAACAAUUACUUGGCAAUGGUUUAAAAUCACACAUCAACGGAGUUAAGUCCAAGAAACCAAAAAGUUAUUACAAUAGACAUCGGUUAAAACAGUUUAGCCGUAAUACCAGCAAGUAUGUUUUCCACACUGUUCUCAAUACAUAUCUUCUGACCUAUUGAAUCUGUUUACAAAUUAAGACACUCCAUCUUUGUUCGUUUCCUUUACCCUUAGCACCGCCGAGUCAAUAUCUUUACGAGAAUUACAUGCUAGUAGGUUGGCUGUACGAAAUAAAAUUCUCGGCGACCUUUUGAAGUCACAUUUUUCAGCCGCUCGAGUUCCGAUGUCCCGCCCCUCUAUAUCCUUGAAUUAAAUUUGAUAAAAAUUUUAAAACAGCAUAAUAUCAUUUCAUUGUUAAUAGCUUGAAUGAUCACAGGAUGCUCUUCGCUAGGAUUGGCUAAUUCGCUUUGCACUCCCUGAUGCUUUCCUGUCUUUUGCUAAGCCACUAUUUAUCCAUUGGUUUGACCUCAUAUAUAAAUGCAACGACUAUUUUAAGCUUAGUGCUACGGAACAAAGUCCAUUUCAGACAUUUCAAGGUACAUUGUUGCCUGAAUAUUUAAGUCAAACGCAGCGGCCGACUGUAUGCAAUUUACACCAUCUAUGUAUUAAGUGUGUUCAUAGACAAGCUAAAUCCAAGUCAUUCCAUAGAGUUGACGGGGACAUACGUUCGUUAAACCAUUUAAAAGUUAUUCAGGGAAUUAGUCGACUGUGUACAUGUAUGUUAUGUAGGUACAAGGGUCUUCCAAUGCUCCGCCCAUUAACUUUCUAGAAUUUCAAACACCAUUAGACAUAAAAAUGCCAAAGGCUUCCACGGUCAAUGAUCACAAGAAUCGACGGAGUCUCUUGAUUUUCCUGAUCUUUUCUGUCUUGAAUUAAGGUAAUAUCGGAACCUAAAGCGUCAACCAGAAAUUAUAAUUCGACAGUACGGUUGUUCUAUGUAACUUUUCACCAGAAAAUGGAAACAAGCAUACCUUUGGCCAGUGGCCAAACGAACACAGGCUCAUAGGGAGACUGACAGAUUUGAUUGACAAGUCAGUCAUGCGUUUAAACUGAUUGAAAUGUGAAUGAACGCGUAGCUUUACACACACACCUAGUCAGCAACUCCGCCGCGUCCAUCGGCACCUACGCAUGUAGUUCGAAUACCCUCUUGUCCAUUAUUUUCGAUUAUGCUCUUUGGUAAGAGAGAGAGAGAGAGAGGGAGAUGGAGAGAGAGAGAUUUCCACGACAACUAUGCCACGAAACAAAAGAGGAAAGGCGGGAAGCAGCCGUCUGGGAUAACCGUCAUUGCUAUCAUGUGGGGUACGGUUUCUGCUUGACAACGACUUGGCGGACCAACACAUGGGUUUUAAGACUUAUGUCUUAAAAUCGGCCGGACUCCCUGCAAUAAGAAAUGAGUGGCAACGAAGACGGGUCUUAGAUGAGAGGCGUAUUUGUGACUUUGUCGCAAUGAUCUCGGCGACUGGUCAGAUAAACGGUAGGAUAAUUUCAAAGAUCAUGAUCUUCCUACGGAAUGUCAACGCGUUCAGGACCGAACGGGGGCCCCCGUUCGGUUAUCCGGGAUGGUGGUGGGAAAGUCCCUAUCCCCUCCAUAAAACCAAAUUAAUAAAACAUUGUGGGUACAAAGUGGAAAUCAAAACAACAAGGACCAUCAACAAAAACAUCUGUAAGAACGACAAACAGCGGUUUUGUUUAAAAGCAAGUUACCCACUUCGUCUCUAUUUCUUAACGUGCAGCAGGAUAAGCGUCUGGAACUUGAAAUUCACCUAAGUUCAAUUCACGCUUUUCUGAUAGAAGCGCAACAACCUUUGGACCCACACUGAUGGUAGGCAAGACAGAAUAUCUAGCAUAAAAUUAACGUCUCUUUAACCACUUAAGAACUGAGAAACAACUGUUAACGUUAUAAUGGAGGUUAACGCAAAUCAGGUGAGCAUAUAGGCGAUAAGAAGGGGUAAUAUGGGAAGGCGACAGCAACAGGUUAAAGUUAAUUCAAAUAGGAUAAAUGACAAAAUUUGCUUUGCGUCAUGAAACUUUCCAAAUCGUAAAGUGAACUCAAGCAAGAAGAGGUGAUUUUGAAAUAUUCACACACUCUGCACACGUUUUUCAGCAAACUAAACUGAAAGCAGCUCUUGUUUUCGUAAUAAAUAUGCUAUCCCUUUUUUUCAGGUAAUUUAUCUGCGCUUGAUCCGUCGCCUUAGACGGUUACUUGCCGAGAUACUACUACAUAUAGGACAACAAAGCAAUCCGAAUUUUCCUGAAUUUCACAUUGUUUUGAUUCUAAGACCAAACCAGAGGUAAGAGAUAUUUCAACUCAUUCGUUAGGAUGGAUACAAGAAAAAUAUCUUUUAAAAAAAUCUGCGAUAAUAACCUUCCGUUUUUAAAUUCACUGAUCAGGGUCCUUGGAUUAGUGAUUUCAACUACAAAACUGCUGACGAAAAACUCCUUUACCUCAACUAUUUGAAAUACAUCUAAACAAACAUCUAGAAAAACUUUUACAGUAACACGGCUACAAUUAAAUUAAAAAUCAAAAUAUAAAGCAGUUAACACCAAUCCAGAAUAAAUGAGCACUGACAAGACUGUAUGGCUUUAUGAAUAGCUGCACAAAAGGUGAGGUCAUCUCAGCGUAACAGAGGCAGGUGUCUGUGUUAUAGGAAUGUUGGUCCUAUCAUAGUACAAAAUACGAAAAUACAUAUACACUGUAUACAGCUCUAAAAACAAAAGAACUGUUUUUAAUAAACAGAGGGGUUUAUUAUGAACGUACUCAUGAUAAGUAGAAGCACUUGGGUUUUUAAAACGAACGUGGGUUUCGAACACAAAGGGAAUUGAAAACCGUCAUGAACGGGAUAUGGUUGAAAGGUGAAGGAGUAAUUAAGUAUUAUCGCCUUAAUUUUUUGAUGCUUUGCAACUGAUAUUUCAUUAAUUAAAGCUUGUUUGAACUAGCUGAUGUUUCUAUGGUAGGUAGUACAGUCAACUCCCUUCACUGCGGACACUGCAGGGACCUUAAAUUAUUUUCUUUAUUAGCGAGAGUCCGUUUUAGCGGGAGUGUAUUUCAGUCAAAUGUCUGUAAUUUAUAUUACCUGGGAUUUAGCUGCUGUUCGUAUUAUAGCGGGUUGUCCGCAAGGCGAGAGUUGA